GAGGAGCUCGCAGCACCGCCGGGCGCCCGUCGGGCUCUGGGCGAGAGAGAGAAAUCCGGUUAAAAUCAGAGUCGGAGGGAGGUUUAACCACAGAUCGGUUCCGAUCGGAUUAUUCCUUAAAGGGGACGCGCCAUUGUCAAGAGAACGGAGCCUUGGGCUCGAGGGCGGGGACCGGCGGCGCCUGAGGAUCGAGGCAGCUGCACUUGGACUGGGGACGGAUUUUAACAUUCCGUAUUCCGCUUGGUACAUGGUGAAUCACUACUGCUCUGCACCAGGGUGCCCACUUGAGUGCCUAUAAAGUACAAGCUCCAGAUCGGAAGAGCUUCUAGAUGGAUCCUUUCCAAAUUUGGUAUCUUUUCUACAAACUCUGUGCCUCAACAACCCUUUCUAAGUGAGCUGAAGCCAUUUAUUGAAUCUUGGAUGAUUAACACCUAAAUGCUUAAUUCUCAAAACUGCUCAAGAGUCCCACAGCCAGGAUUAGAUGAUCCAAUUUACCACCAAGGAAUUUCUGUCUUGAAUUCUACGCUUCAGCACCCGUCAGCAAAGUGAAUAAGUGCUGCACUUCUUCCAACUUUCAUUCCACUUUGGGGAAAAAGAAUAUCAUCAUGUCAAGCAUUACAAUUGACCCAGAUGUCAAGCCUGGUGAAUAUGUCAUCAAGAGCCUCUUUGCAGAAUUUGCUGUUCAAGCUGAAAAGAAAAUUGAAGUUGUAAUGGCUGAACCCUUGGAGAAGCCAUUGUCUAGAUCUCUUCAGAGGGGUGAAGAUCUUCAGUUUGACCAGUUGAUCAGCUCUAUGAGCUCAGUAGCCGAGCACUGUCUCCCUUCCUUACUUCGCACCUUGUUUGACUGGUACAGACGCCAGAAUGGAACUGAAGAUGAAUCUUAUGAAUAUAGGCCUCGGUCGAGCACAAAAUCUAAAGGGGAUGAACAGCAACGUGAAAGAGAUUAUCUUCUUGAAAGGAGAGACUUAGCAGUAGAUUUCAUAUUUUGUUUAGUUUUAGUUGAAGUUCUGAAGCAGAUUCCUGUUCAUCCUGUGCCCGAUCCCUUAGUUCAUGAAGUUCUAAACUUAGCUUUUAAGCACUUUAAACACAAGGAAGGAUAUUCAGGAACCAACACUGGGAAUGUGCAUAUUAUUGCAGAUUUAUAUGCAGAAGUGAUAGGCGUUCUUGCCCAAUCAAAGUUUCAGGCUGUGAGGAAGAAGUUUGUGACAGAAUUAAAGGAACUGCGACAAAAGGAACAAAGUCCACAUGUGGUUCAAAGUGUCAUCAGCUUAAUCAUGGGAAUGAAGUUUUUCCGAGUGAAAAUGUAUCCUGUAGAAGAUUUUGAAGCAUCAUUUCAGUUCAUGCAGGAAUGUGCUCAGUAUUUCUUGGAAGUAAAAGAUAAAGAUAUAAAACACGCCCUUGCUGGUUUAUUUGUGGAGAUUCUUAUCCCUGUAGCUGCUGCUGUUAAAAAUGAAGUGAAUGUGCCCUGCUUGAAAAAUUUUGUGGAGAUGCUUUAUCAGACUACUUUUGAACUGAGCUCCAGAAAGAAGCAUUCAUUGGCUCUCUAUCCAUUAAUUACCUGCCUUUUAUGUGUCAGUCAGAAACAGUUUUUUUUAAAUAACUGGCAUAUUUUCCUACAGAACUGUUUGUCGCAUUUAAAGAAUAAAGAUCCCAAAAUGUCUCGAGUUGCACUGGAAUCUUUGUACAGAUUGUUGUGGGUCUAUGUAAUUAGAAUAAAAUGUGAAAGCAACACUGUUACUCAAAGUCGUCUUAUGAGCAUAGUGUCGGCACUUUUUCCAAAAGGUUCACGUAGUGUGGUUCCUCGUGAUACACCUCUCAAUAUAUUUGUGAAGAUUAUUCAGUUCAUUGCUCAGGAACGUUUGGAUUUUGCAAUGAAAGAAAUAAUAUUUGAUCUUCUUAGUGUUGGAAAAUCUGCUAAAACUUUCACCAUCAAUCCAGAGAGAAUGAACAUAGGCCUCAGAGUCUUCCUUGUAAUAGCGGACAGUUUGCAGCAGAAAGACGGUGAGCCGCCAAUGCCGACAACAGGCGUUAUUCUUCCCUCAGGAAACACUCUGCGUGUAAAGAAAAUUUUUCUCAAUAAAACCUUGACGGAUGAAGAAGCAAAAGUCAUAGGAAUGUCCGUUUACUAUCCUCAAGUGAGAAAAGCAUUAGAUAGCAUCCUCAGACAUUUGGACAAAGAAGUUGGGAGACCCAUGUGUAUGACUAGUGUGCAGAUGUCCAAUAAGGAACCUGAAGAUAUGAUUACGGGGGAAAGAAAACCCAAAAUUGAUUUGUUUAGAACUUGUAUUGCUGCUAUUCCAAGGCUGAUUCCUGAUGGUAUGAGCAGAACUGACCUCAUUGAAUUGUUAGCAAGGCUCACAAUUCAUAUGGAUGAAGAACUGCGUGCUCUGGCUUUCAAUACUCUGCAGGCACUAAUGCUUGAUUUUCCAGAUUGGCGGGAAGAUGUUCUUUCAGGAUUUGUUUAUUUUAUUGUUCGUGAAGUGACGGAUGUCCAUCCCACGCUUCUUGAUAAUGCUGUAAAGAUGUUGGUACAGUUAAUAAAUCAAUGGAAACAAGCAACCCAAAUGCAUAACAAAACCCAGGACUCACAGCAUGGCGUGCUUAAUGGAGCGUCUCAUCCCCCUCCUCUGGAAAGGAGCCCGUACUCCAGUGUGUUCCAUGUGGUCGAAGGGUUUGCACUUGUCACUCUCUGUAGCAGUCGACCUGCCACCAGGAGGUUAGCCGUCAGCGUCCUUCGAGAAAUACGGGCUUUAUUUGCACUUUUGGAAAUACCUAAGGGUGAUGAUGAAUUAGCCAUAGAUGUGAUGGACAGGCUGAGCCCAUCCAUUCUUGAGAGCUUCAUCCAUCUCACUGGGGCCGAUCAGACUACUUUGUUAUAUUGCCCUAGCUCAAUAGAUUUACUGACAUUAGCAGAAUGGAACUCCUCUCCUAUUAGCCACCAGUUUGAUGUGAUUAGUCCAUCACACAUAUGGAUAUUUGCACAUGUGACCCAAGGCCAAGAUCCAUGGAUUAUAAGUCUCUCCAGUUUUUUAAAGCAAGAAAACCUUCCAAAACACUGCCCUACAGCUGUGAGCUAUGCUUGGAUGUUCGCCUAUACAAGACUUCAGUUAUUAUCCCCACAAGUUGAUAUAAAUAGCCCCAUCAAUGCUAAGAAAGUAAAUACUACCACAAGCAGUGACUCAUACAUUGGCCUGUGGAGAAACUACCUGCUUCUUUGCUGCAGUGCAGCCACAUCCUCAUCAUCUUCAGCAUCUGCAGGUUCUGUGAGGUGUUCUCCUCCCGAGACGCUGGCGUCCACCCCCGAUAGCGGCUACAGCAUUGAUUCAAAAAUUAUUGGCGUCCCAUCCCCUUCAUCCUUGUUUAAGCACAUAGUUCCAAUGAUGCGCUCUGAGAGCAUGGAAAUCACAGAAUCCCUUGUUCUAGGUCUUGGCAGGACCAACCCAGGAGCGUUUAGGGAACUAAUAGAAGAAUUACAUCCCAUAAUUAAAGAAGCACUUGAACGAAGGCCAGAGAACAUGAAACGGCGCAGGCGUCGAGAUAUUUUACGAGUACAGCUGGUACGAAUAUUUGAACUGCUGGCAGAUGCUGGUGUCAUCAGUCACAGUGCAAGUGGUGGCCUUGAUAGUGAAACACACUUCCUCAACAACACUUUAUUGGAAUAUGUAGAUUUAACUAGACAACUCCUGGAAGCAGAAAAUGAAAAAGACUCUGACACCCUGAAGGAUAUACGAUGCCAUUUUAGUGCCUUAGUGGCGAAUAUCAUUCAGAAUGUUCCAGUGCACCAGAGAAGAAGUAUUUUUCCUCAACAAAGCCUUCGUCACAGUCUGUUUAUGCUGUUCAGUCACUGGGCUGGUCCUUUUAGCAUCAUGUUUACGCCUUUGGACAGAUACAGUGAUAGAAAUAUGCAAAUUAACAGACAUCAGUACUGUGCUCUAAAGGCUAUGUCUGCUGUACUAUGUUGUGGCCCUGUUGCAGAUAAUGUAGGACUUUCAUCAGAUGGCUAUUUGUACAAAUGGCUGGAUAACAUUUUGGACUCUCUGGACAAAAAGGUUCAUCAGUUGGGCUGUGAAGCAGUCACGUUACUGCUGGAGCUGAACCCGGAUCAGAGCAACCUGAUGUACUGGGCCGUGGAUCGCUGUUACACCGGUUCCAAGAGAGUGGCAGCUGGCUGCUUUAAAGCCAUAGCUAAUGUAUUCCAGAACAGGGAUUAUCAGUGUGACACAGUGAUGCUUCUCAAUCUGAUACUAUUUAAAGCCGCUGAUUCUUCUCGAAGUAUCUAUGAAGUUGCUAUGCAGCUUUUACAGAUCCUGGAACCGAAGAUGUUUCGCUACGCUCACAAACUGGAGGUUCAGAGAACAGACGGAGCACUCAGCCAGCUGUCUCCUCUGCCGCAUCUGUAUUCCGUCUCAUAUUAUCAGUUGUCCGAGGAAUUGGCAAGGGCAUAUCCUGAGCUAACUCUCGCCAUAUUCUCAGAGAUAAGCCAGAGAAUUCAGACAGCACAUCCUGCUGGGAGGCAAGUUAUGCUGCACUAUCUGUUACCGUGGAUGAACAACAUCGAGUUGGUGGACUUAAAACCUUUGCCCACAGCAAGGCGACAUGAGGAAGAUGAAGAUGAUUCCUUAAAAGACCGAGAACUUAUGGUGACUAGCAGGCGCUGGUUACGAGGAGAAGGCUGGGGAUCCCCGCAAGCCACGGCCAUGGUGUUGAAUAAUCUGAUGUACAUGACAGCAAAGUAUGGUGAUGAACUGGCAUGGUCAGAGGUGGAGAAUGUGUGGACCACACUUGCAGACGGCUGGCCGAAAAACCUGAAAAUAAUUCUGCACUUUCUGAUCAGCAUUUGCGGAGUGAAUAGUGAACCAAGCCUUUUGCCUUACGUGAAGAAAGUUAUUGUCUAUUUAGGUAGAGACAAAACAAUGCAGUUGCUGGAAGAACUGGUGAGUGAGCUUCAGCUGACGGACCCUGUCAGUUCGGGUGUCACCCACAUGGAUAAUCCCCCCUACUACCGCAUCACUUCCAGCUACAAAAUCCCUUCCGUCACCUCAGGAACUACUUCUAGUAGCAAUACAAUGGUGGCUCCCAUGGAUGGCAAUCCCGAUAAUAAGCCCAUAAAAGAGAAUAUUGAAGAGAGCUAUGUGCAUCUAGACAUCUACAGUGGACUAAACAGUCAUUUAAAUCGUCAACAUCACAGACUAGAAUCUCGAUACAGUAGCAGCUCUGGAGGAUCUUAUGAAGAAGAAAAAAGUGAUUCAAUGCCACUUUAUUCUAAUUGGCGCCUGAAAGUGAUGGAGCAUAAUCAAGGAGAGCCACUACCCUUCCCACCAGCUGGAGGCUGCUGGUCACCACUGGUGGAUUACUUGCCCGAAACGUCAUCACCUGGAUUACCUCUUCACAGGUGUAACAUAGCCGUGAUCCUUUUGACGGAUCUGAUCAUUGAUCAUAGUGUGAAGGUGGAAUGGGGAAGCUACCUCCAUCUUCUGCUUCAUGCCAUUUUUAUAGGGUUUGACCACUGCCACCCUGAGGUGUAUGAACAUUGCAAACGCCUGCUUCUGCACUUACUCAUAGUGAUGGGAUCCAACAGUAACAUCCGAACUGUUGCUUCUGUCCUUCUCAGGAACAAGGAGUUUAAUGAGCCCAGGGUGCUUACAGUCAAACAAAUUGCACACUUAGAUUAUACUUUCACAGCAGGUGUUAGUGAUUUUAUACCUGAUUACCAGCCCUCCCCCAUGACCGACUCAGGGCUCAGCUCAAGUUCUACCUCCUCUAGUAUCAGCUUAGGAAAUAACAGCGCUGCCAUUUCGCAUCUGCACACCACCAUCCUCAACGAGGUCGACCUCUCAGUAGAGCAGGAUGGAAAAGUCAAAACCCUCAUGGAAUUCAUUACCUCAAGAAAAAGAGGGCCUCUUUGGAACCAUGAGGAUGUUUCUGCCAAGAAUCCUAGCAUAAAGAGUGCUGAGCAGUUAACUACAUUUUUGAAACAUGUGGUUUCUGUUUUUAAGCAGUCAAGCUCAGAAGGAAUUCAUUUGGAACGUCAUCUUAGCGAGGUUGCCCUACAGACCGCACUUUCUUGUUCCUCUCGACACUAUGCUGGGAGAUCCUUUCAGAUUUUCAGGGCCCUAAAGCAGCCUCUUUCUGCAACUACACUUUCUGAUGUUCUCUCCAGGCUUGUAGAAACUGUAGGGGACCCAGGAGAAGAUGCACAGGGAUUUGUGAUUGAGCUGCUUCUCACGUUGGAAUCUGCAAUAGAUACUUUGGCUGAAACCAUGAAGCAUUAUGAUCUUCUUUCUGCCCUUUCUCAAACCUCAUACCAUGAUCCUCUAAUGGGAAACAAGUAUGCAGCUAACAGGAAAAGCACUGGACAACUCAAUCUAAGCACAAGUCCAAUUACUAGUAGCGGUUAUUUGGGAUAUAACAGUAAUACAAGGAGUAACUCUUUGAGGUUAAGUUUAAUUGGUGACCGAAGAGGUGACCGGCGGCGGAGCAACACACUGGAUAUAAUGGAUGGACGGAUAAACCACAGUAGUAGUUUAGCGAGGACUCGAAGCCUUUCCUCUCUGCGAGAGAAAGCAAUGUAUGAUGUGCAGUCCACUACUGAGCCUGCCAGCUUGAUGGCCACCAUUUUUUGGAUAGCAGCAUCUUUAUUAGAAUCAGAUUAUGAAUACGAAUACCUCCUGGCUCUCAGGCUUCUCAACAAACUGCUGAUCCACUUGCCUUUGGAUAAAUCGGAGAGUCGAGAGAAGAUUGAAAACGUGCAAAGCAAAUUGAAGUGGAACAAUUUCCCAGGCCUUCAGCAGCUUUUCCUUAAAGGUUUUACCUCAGUAUCUACGCAAGAAAUGACAGUGCAUCUCCUGAGUAAACUCAUCGCCGUCUCCAAACACACUUUGGUGGAUCCUUCCCAGUUGUCAGGCUUUCCUCUUAACAUCCUUUGCUUAUUGCCUCACUUAAUCCAGCAUUUUGACAGCCCAACUCAGUUUUGCAAAGAAACAGCUAGUCGAAUAGCAAAGGUUUGUGCAGAAGAAAAAUGCCCAACACUCGUCAACCUGGCUCACAUGAUGAGCUUGUAUAGUACACACACGUACUCCAGAGACUGUGCUAACUGGAUCAACGUAGUGUGUAGAUACCUGCACGACUCCUUCUCAGAUGCUACAUUUAGUCUUGUGACUUACCUUGCAGAGCUGUUAGAAAAAGGCUUGUCCAGUAUGCAACAAUCAUUACUACAGAUCAUCUAUAGUCUUCUGAGUCACAUCGACCUCUCCGCUGCCCCAGUCAAGCAGUUUAACCUGGAGAUCAUCAAGAUCAUUGGCAAAUAUGUACAGAGUCCUUAUUGGAAGGAAGCCCUUAACAUCUUAAAACUGGUGGUGUCUCGCUCGGCAAGCCUUGUCGUGCCCAACGAUAUCCCCAAGACCUAUGGAGGAGAUAUGGGUUCUCCUGAAAUAUCCUUCACGAAAAUUUUUAAUAAUGUCUCUAAGGAGCUGCCUGGGAAGACCUUAGAUUUUCAUUUUGAUAUAUCAGAGACACCAAUCAUUGGGAAUAAAUACGGCGAUCAGCAUAGCGCGGCCGGAAGAAAUGGGAAGCCGAAGGUGAUCGCCGUGACCAGGAGCACUUCUUCCACUUCUUCGGGUUCUAACUCCAAUGCCUUGGUGCCUGUGAGCUGGAAGAGGCCACAGUUAUCACAGCGAAGAACAAGGGAAAAGCUAAUGAAUGUGCUUUCUCUCUGUGGUCCAGAAUCUGGCCUCCCGAAGAAUCCAUCAGUUGUAUUUUCUUCUAACGAGGAUUUGGAAGUCGGUGACCAGCAGACUAGCCUCAUUUCUGCAACAGAGGACAUAAUUCAUGAGGAAGAAGUAGCUGUGGAAGAUAACAGCAGUGAACAACAGUUUGGCGUUUUCAAGGAUUUUGACUUUUUAGAUGUUGAGUUGGAAGAUGCAGAGGGUGAAAGUAUGGACAAUUUCAACUGGGGGGUCCGCAGGCGCUCACUGGACAGUAUUGACAAAGGGGACACCCCAUCGCUCCAGGAGUACCAGUGUUCCAGCAGCACCCCUAGCCUGAACCUAACAAACCAGGAGGACACGGACGAGUCCUCAGAAGAAGAAGCAGCACUCACAGCAAGCCAGAUACUCUCACGCACGCAGAUGUUAAACAAUGAUUCUGCUGCAGAUGACACCCUGCCAGAGCACCCUGAUUUACUUCUUCAGGCUCAAGAGUCCACUGGCAGCAUCUCCACAGAAGAAGUGCUGCAAAUCAGAGAUGAAACCCCAAGUUUGGAAGCUUCUCUAGAUAAUGCUAACAGCCAGCUGCCUGAGGAUACAAGCUCAGUAUUAAAGGAGGAACAGGUUCUUACAGCCUUCGAAGAGGAGGGAUCGUAUAUUAUUCAAGAACAGCAGGAUUCUCUCGUGUGUCAAGGAAUUCUUGAUUUAGAGGAAACUGACACGCCGGAGCCUCCAGCUCCCGAGAGCUACCCCGGGUCAGUCUGCGAAGAAGACGUCACCUUAGCUUUGAAAGAACUUGACGAACGAUGUGAAGAGGAGGAAGCGGAUUUCUCCGGCCUGUCCAGUCAAGAUGAAGAAGAGCAAGACGGUUUUCCAGAAGUACAGACAUCGCCUCUGCCGUCACCAUUUCUUUCUGCCAUCAUCGCCGCUUUUCAGCCAGUUGCAUACGAUGACGAAGAAGAAGCCUGGCGAUGCCACGUCAAUCAGAUGCUGUCUGACACCGAUGGGUCCUGUGCAGUGUUUACUUUUCACGUGUUUUCUCGGCUCUUUCAGUCAAUUCAGAGAAAGUUUGGAGACCUAACUAAUGAGGCAGUCAGCUUUCUUGGUGAGAGUCUGCAACGCAUUGGUACCAAAUUUAAAAGUUCCUUGGAAGUGAUGAUGAUGUGUUCCGAGUGCCCAACGGUCUUUGUAGAUGCUGAAACACUGAUGUCCUGUGAUUUGCUAGAAACACUCAAGUUCAGUGUUUUGGAGUUGCAAGAACACCUGGAUACCUACAAUGCCAAAAGAGAAGCAGCCGAGCAGUGGUUAGACAAUUGUAAGAGGACGUUUGGUGCCAAAGAAGACAUGUAUAGGAUAAACACAGAUGCACAACAAAUGGAAAUUCUAGCAGAACUGGAGCUCUGCCGAAGGUUAUACAAAUUGCAUUUUCAAUUGCUGCUUCUGUUUCAAGCCUACUGUAAACUUAUCAACCAAGUAAACACAAUAAAAAACGAAGCAGAGGUCUUCAACAUGUCAGAGGAACUUGCCCAGCUGGAAAGUAUCCUCAAGGAAGCCGAGUCUGCCUCCGAAAAUGAAGAAAUUGACAUUUCCAAAGCUGCACAAACUACUAUAGAAACUGCCAUUCAUUCUUUAAUUGAAACUUUGAAAAAUAAGGAAUUUAUAUCAGCUGUGGUACAAGUCAAAGCUUUCAGAUCUCUCUGGCCCAAUGACAUCUUUGGCAGUUGUGAAGAUGACCCUGUCCAGACACUGUUGCACAUCUAUUUUCAUCACCAGACACUGGGCCAGACAGGCAGCUUUGCGGUCAUAGGCUCUGACCUGGACAUGUCAGAAGCCAACUACAAAUUGAUGGAACUCAAUCUAGAAAUCAGAGAGUCUCUCCGCAUGGUGCAAUCAUACCAACUCCUAGCACAGGGCAAACCAAUCGGAAGUUUGGUGAGCACUGGAUUCUGAGAAAUUUCAGGAAUUUAGGGAAGACUAAACCGAAAAUGAUUAAGAAUAUUAAGAAGCACCUUUUAUGGACCCUUGCAACUCACUGAUGACUUUUUCUGGCAGCAUCCACAACCACCGUGUAAACUAAUGUCAAACUUUAGGAAGAUAAAAAAGUAAGAACAUCAAAAAUCAGAACUCUGAAGGGGGGAAAAAAACUAAUUGUUUAACAGCUGCCAAUACCUCCCACAAUAACUGUAUGAGGAAAGAAUUUUUUUAAUUAACUACGUGAAAAGAAAAGGGCUAAAAGUGAUGCAUAUAAAUACGUUACCUUCUGGAGAAAGAAAAGAAGUCUAAGAAUGUCUGCAAUAAUGGCCUCUAAUAUGGAGACUUUGGAAAGCAGGUGAAAUGAGGCUGAAAUCGAGGCUGGUUCAUUUUGGCUGAAGACCUGCAAAAGCUGCUUGGGUUUCCAGCAGUCACGAGCAUAAACUACAGUGGAUGCUUCAUCAUCUAGAUGAAGAACAUCCAGUCGGAUAGACAGACACAGACAGACUUAUGUGCAAAAACCAUUGAUUUUUUUUUUUCCACAUGUGGGAUAAGGGUGUGGGUGUUUUGGGGUUUUUUGUUUUUGUUUUUUUUUUUUUUGGUCUGUAUAAGGAAUUGUGUGUAUGAGCUGAGAUGCGUGGAUACGUGAUAGUCCUAUUUUCAAGGUGUGGAUGUUUGGUGAUAACGUCUCAGAGCAUGCCUAAAAGAGCACUGCAAGAUUAUUUUUGAAAAAAUUUUAUUUUAUUAGAUCUAACUCUUCAUAGUGUGUAAAUGUUAGGACAUUUUAAUAAUAUUUUAAAACUGGGCUUUCCCAGCCUUUCGAAAAGAAAUAAUAUAUCUGUUAACGUUAUUGGAAUGCUGCUCAGUUCUCUGAUCAGUGCUUAUGUUACGAUUGUUGAUAACUAACCAAAGUAGAUGCCUGCAGAGACUUUAAAAAUGUAAAAUAAAGAUGUAUGCUGCCUGUCAGCUCUUCUCAUUAGAAAAGUUAACUUAUUUUACUCCAUAAUUAUUAUAGAAACUGUAUAGAUUAAAACCAGUAUUUUCUUGUACAUUUGUGCAAUGCACUGUUAUACAAGAAGAGGUGGACAAAGCUAAAGAAACAACUGUGGUCACUGAUGGUAGAACAUAUGACUGGCAGGCCCUGGAGUCUGCAGAAUUCAAGGAGAGAGAUGCAAAGGCAUUUUUAUAUGUUUAUCCAGGACUGACAUGUUUCACCCUAAAGGAACCUGGGGCUGUGGGGGAAAGGCAAAAAAGGAAGCCUGAAGACUGACUACCAAAACAUGCAAUAUACUUAUUCACUGUCCAAGCCUGUAGCAUAAACAUGAACUGGAUCCUCUGUCCUUUUUUUAAAAUAGCAUUUUGUAAAAGAAAUGAAUGUAGUCCCACAAUUCCUCGGAUUUGAAAGGAACACCUUGUAUUUUUUAUAUGCAUCUCUUAUCCACUGUGACUCUUCUCUGAAACUGGGCUCUGGGGUUCCAGAGUUUAGAAUGUAGACAUGAAAUGCUUAGCUUUGCCUUCCCUUGGGGGUGCGGACCCUGCCAGAAAUGUAAUUAUGCUCAAGUGCAUUACCUGAGGGCACUGUGCACGCCGUCGGACUGCUGACUAGAGCUACGUUACCUGUAAGACUCUGUAACUGGUCACAGCACAUUCAUAAUCACUGUAUUUUUUGACCCUGAUAAAAAAAAAACAAAAACAAUUAUUUUGCUGGUGUUCUGGUACUGUAAAUGGUGUCCUUUAAAUUAUUGAAUAACUUCUGGGUGCGGGGCAGGAAGAGAGGGGUGGUGUCCGGAGACACGCCACCCUUUCCAUCCUAUCUUACCACCCCUUCUUUUUCUCACCCUCCUUAUAUCCUUUUUGUUAAAAUAAAAAGCAUUGUAGCUGUUGGUUUGCGUUGUAUUU